GCUGACCCGGGGCCGGCGCGGCUUCCGCCCUCCACGGGGCGCGGGCGGCCUGUCUUUGCGCCGGAGCCUGCGCCCGCGCCCCGGGGCUGGUAAGGGCUACCAGCCGGGCGGUCGACGAUGGGGAACACAACCUCGUGCUGCGUCUCGUCUAGCCCCAAGCUCCGGAGGAAUGCGCACUCGCGGCUGGAGUCCUACCGGCCGGACACGGACCUCAGCCGCGAGGACACGGGCUGCAAUUUGCAGCACAUCAGCGACCGGGAAAACAUCGAUGAUUUGAACAUGGAAUUCAAUCCUUCAGACCAUCCUCGGGCCAGCACAAUAUUCCUCAGCAAAUCUCAGACAGAUGUGAGAGAAAAGCGCAAGAGUCUCUUCAUUAACCAUCAUCCUCCAGGCCAGACAUCAAGGAAGUAUAGCUCCUGCUCCACCAUCUUCUUAGAUGACAGCACAGUCAGUCAGCCAAACCUCAAGUACACCAUCAAAUGCGUAGCUCUUGCGAUAUAUUAUCACAUCAAAAACAGGGACCCAGAUGGAAGGAUGCUCCUAGAUAUUUUUGAUGAAAACCUCCACCCUCUUUCGAAAUCCGAAGUGCCACCAGAUUAUGACAAACAUAACCCAGAGCAGAAACAGAUUUACCGGUUUGUUCGGACACUGUUCAGUGCUGCUCAGUUGACAGCUGAAUGUGCCAUUGUCACCCUGGUGUACCUUGAAAGGCUCUUGACAUAUGCAGAAAUUGACAUCUGUCCAGCCAACUGGAAGCGCAUUGUUCUCGGGGCAAUCCUGCUGGCCUCUAAGGUGUGGGAUGACCAGGCUGUGUGGAAUGUGGAUUACUGCCAGAUCCUGAAAGACAUCACAGUGGAGGACAUGAAUGAGCUGGAGCGACAGUUCCUUGAAUUGCUACAGUUCAACAUCAAUGUUCCUUCCAGUGUGUAUGCCAAGUAUUACUUUGAUCUUCGUUCUUUGGCAGAAGCAAACAACCUGAGCUUUCCCCUGGAGCCUCUAAGCAGGGAGCGCGCCCACAAGCUUGAGGCCAUUUCUCGUCUCUGUGAGGACAAGUACAAGGACCUGAGAAAACCCAUGAGGAAGCGUUCGGCAAGUGCUGACAACCUGAUUCUGCCACGGUGGUCCCCGGCCAUCAUCUCCUAAGUGGGGCACCCUCCUGAGGCCAUGCCCUCCUGCAGUUUCUCCUUUUGUUUGAGAAAAGAUGAACUUGGGUGGUUUGUUUUUCUCCUUUCCUUCUGUUUUUAACAUAUAGCCCCCUCAAGGCUGCCUUCACUCC